GUAUGGAAUCCGCCCUGAAAAUGUGAUUAUAUAUGGCCAGAGUAUAGGAACAGUACCAUCUGUGGACCUUGCUGCUAGGUAUGAAAGUGCUGCUGUAAUUCUUCAUUCUCCACUGACCUCAGGAAUGCGAGUAGCUUUUCCUGAUACAAAGAAGACCUACUGCUUUGAUGCAUUCCCAAACAUUGACAAAAUUUCUAAAAUUACAUCUCCUGUGUUAAUAAUCCAUGGGACUGAGGAUGAAGUAAUUGACUUUUCGCAUGGCCUAGCAUUAUUCGAGCGUUGCCAGAGACCUGUAGAACCACUGUGGGUAGAAGGAGCAGGCCAUAAUGAUGUGGAACUCUAUGGACAAUACCUUGAAAGAUUAAAGCAGUUUGUGUCACAGGAACUGGUGAACUUAUAAUUUUCUUUGUAUAUUUAUGUGCUUUUUCAUUUCACUGCAGAACUGCACACCUUGAUAAAUAUGUAACAUAAAACCUGAAUGUUGUGUUUUCAAAUCAUCUUGGUUGCCUUCAUUAAAUGUACAGUUAAUGAUUUGUCAACAUAAUUAAUGAAGGUUUUAAUGCCAGUAUUAUAAACUGGAAUUACAUGAUCAUUCAGUCAAACUUGGCGUUCAUAUUAUGUUCUGUGAGGUUUUUUCUUCUUAUAUGUAAAAAAAAAAUCACAAGUACUGUAAGAAAUUAUAAGUAUAUAAAAUGAAAUGCUGCAAAAGCAUUGCCAAGUGCUUUAGCAUAUAAAACCCAAGUUUAUAAAUAUUUUUUAAACAUCUCAAAAUGUACUGUGACUUACUCUGUUGCACAGGUGUAAUUAAAGAAACAGACUUCUAAGCAGUUGUUCUGUAAAAAUGUAAUAGCCAUGAAAUUUGAGCAAAUACUAAUGUAUAUAGUAAGAAUUGACAGUCACUGGAAAUGACCCAUGCC